AUUUGGUGCUUCUCAGUUUGGCUUUGUUCACUCUUGCUAUGAGUUGUAUGGAGGUAUCAUGUGUAAUUAUCUGUUGUCAGCUCUUGGUAGGAUCUUCACUGGUUUCCUUAAACUCUAUCACGGGUUUAGUCUAGGAGUGGAAGACAUAUUAGUGAAACCAAUGGCAGAUAAAGAGAGAUUUAAAAUUAUUGCUGAGGGUAGAGAUUGUGGGCUUGAAGCAGCUGCCGAUGCUUUUGUUGUUAAAAAUGUUAAAGAUAAAGAUUUAGUGAUAGAGAAGUACACUGAUGUUCAUCACACUAUUGGUAGAGAUGGUCUUAAAGUGUUAGAUUUCUUCAUGAAAAAGAAAACUGAUCAAAUCAAUAAUAAAGUUAACGUUGCUUGUAUUCCUGUUGGUUUACAUAAACCAUUUCCCAGUAAUUCUCUACAGCUAAUGGUACAAGCUGGAGCUAAAGGCUCUACUGUAAGUACAUGA